UCGCCUUGAAUGGUUCUGUACAAUUAUUGAGCUCCCGAAAAACAAAAAACAUGUGGUGGUCAAGUGGUGCUCCACUCGUAGAGAUUCUUCUGGCGGCUCUACUGAUCGAACGAGCCAGCUCUUUGAUUUGCACGCGAAGACCGUCCAAUACGGGCUCGCCCAAAUCUCCGGUGGACGAAAACUUUGUGAUAAGCGUGUCGGGCAAUCCGGAAACGUAUAUUCUCGGCCAGGAAUACAACGUGUCGUUGAAUGCAUUCAAUGGGCAUCGCUUCAUCAGCUUUAUCAUGGUUCUGGAGAACGAGAAUGGCGACUUUAACUACGCGGACGACUUGGGUCGCUUUGAGGUAACCGAUCCUGUGGAUACGCGCUACAAUCCCACCUGCGCCAAUAUGGUGGAGAAUACGAACACGAACUCCAAGACGCACGUUCACUUCACCUGGGUGGCUCCCAGUGAGCCGGAUAAGGGUUGCAUCCUGAUUCGAGCCACGGUUCAGCAGCAUCGCGAGGUGUGGCACAUGGACGACGGAGGAUUGACGAAGCGCAUCUGCGAGGAGGUCACCGAUGACGUGGAGAGCCAGCCAACCAGCAGUGCAGUGGACUCUCCAUGCUGUGCCUGCGAUGAGGCACGUUAUGAGCUCACGUUUGAGGGCGUCUGGUCCAGGAACUUGCAUCCCAGGGACUUUCCUGCUCGCAACUGGGAGACCCGAUUCUGUGAGCUUCUGGGAGCUGCCCACAGCCCGGAUUAUCGUUUCUGGGAACCGGGAGCACUGGCCAGCUUGGCCAUGAAGCAAUAUGCCGAGCACUGCAGUUCGCGUUUACUGGAGCGAGAAUUCAGCAUUAACUUUCGGGAACAAAAAAUUCGCACUAUAAUAAAGGCCAGAGGUCCUGCUUAUCCCAAUAUGAGCACCAAGACGAUGGCUUCGGUUCGAGUAGAUCCCAUACACCAUAUGGUGUCCUUCGCCUCUAAAAUCGAACCUUCACCGGAUUGGAUUGUGGGCGUGACUGGACUCGAAUUGUGCCUCCGCAACUGCACGUGGAUAGAUGAGAAGGUUAUUAAUUUGUAUCCCUGGGAUGUGGGCACAGAUGCAGGUCCCAGCUAUGCGUCGGCCGAUCAACCUCAGGUUCCGCCAGAUGUGAUAAGACGCAUGCGUUCAGACUUUCCCAACGAUCCGCGUUCACCUUUCUACGAUAAAUCGGGAGAGCCAAUGAAACCCAUGGCCAUUCUUACUGUGAAACGACAGCGAAUCUAUGAGAGAAGGUGUGCAGAUGAGGACUCCAACAAUGACCCCGAUGUCCCCAGGGAGUGCCUCACCCACCCUUGGUCCAGUUGGAGCAACUGCUCCUCAAAAUGUGGCGAUGGCAUGCAGUACAGAAGGCGUGUUUACAAGCAACCCGAGUUGGCCCGGGUCUAUAAUUGCAAUGUACUUCAAUAUGAAGAGCGGGAAUGCCAGGGCGAGAUGUGCGGUCAAAAUGCUCCCAUGCGAGUCCCCGACGAGUUUGAGGAAUUGGAGCCGAGGAUACCAGGCGGAAAUUGGUAUCAAUCAAACCAACAGGGACGAGCCGAGUGCCAACUGAGUCUCUGGGGCAGUUGGGGCCCGUGCAGCGUCACCUGCGGUGAUGGCUACGCGAUGCGCCAGCGGCAGUACCUUAAUCCUCAGGCGGAACCGAAGUGCCAGAGUGUCCAUCGCAUGGAGUUGCAGCAAACACGAAAAUGCUCCGGCAGAGCUUGUCUUGGCAAUUUACCGGGAUCCGACAAUGCGGAUUUAGAUUCUCCUUAUGCAGAGCCUUCUCCUGGACGAACAGGAGGUACUAUGGAUGAACCAUUCCCUGGCCGAAUGGGAGGUUCUAUGUAUGAAUCACCACAAGAACCGGCGGCAGAGAACUUUGGUGAUUACGAUGAUUCCCAAAAUGCAGGAGUUGCUGGUUUUGAAGUGGCGAAUCUUCAGGGAAGCUGGGAACCAAGUACUCAGUCGGAGCGUCAAAUGAAUUCAGCAAGAGAUCCUCUACCAUUAAGGCAGUCCAGAAAGGGAGAAACAUACACUCAACCAAUCAGAGCAGAAAGGCUCAUAAUGGAACGUCAACCGCCGUCGAGUGAUGCCCGUUUAAGAAAUGUGGAACCGGCUGCCUGGCGGCGCCAGCGGAUAUCCAACAAAGCCCUGGUAGAGAAUUCGCCAAGGGAGCAAUGGCAAAGACCGAACCACUAUGGCAACCAGGAGAUGCAUGCGCCUGGAGGAGCUGUAAACUCUUCGCUGGCCAAUCAGUGUUUCAAAAUGCUGCGAACGGUGCGGCCACGUUGUACGGAUCAAACGGUUACUGGUAACUUUUGGUUCUAUAACUAUUGUGCCGACGAGUGUAUGCUAUUUGCUUCGGAUGUGUGUGACCGGAACCCGAACAAGUUUAGUCGAUUGGAGGACUGCGAGAAGUGCCGCCAGCCGGAAAUGGCCGCGCUGAAGCUUCGGUACACCAAUUCGCUGCAGUGCCAAACUCUUCGGGAGUAUAUGUGGACAGAGAAAAUAGAAGAGGAGGAAAGGAGGAAGCGCGAAUACAAAGGCUAUAUGGAACGCCCGAAAAAAAAUUAAUCCAACUUUUUUUUUUGGCAAUACUUUACUUACAAACAAAUAAAUAUUUUUCCGCCUAA